GGACAUAUAGCUAGUGUGACCAACCAGGCGGACUUCCUCCUCGCAGGUGCCAAGUCCCUCAAGCAUGGCCACGCAGCUGUUUGAAGGGAAAGGACAUGCAGCGGUCUAUCAGAAAUACAGGUUUGCUCCUGGCAAAGAACUGCAGCAAACCAUCCUCUCCUACCUGAAGGAAAAGAGGACAAACACCAUCGAACUGGUAGUGGACGUGGGCUGCGGGUCAGGACAAGGCACUCGCUUCCUGGCAGAGCAUUUCAAGAAGGUGGUGGGAUCGGACAUCAGCGAAGCUCAGAUCCAAGAGGCCAGGGAUGCGCCCUCCCUUCCCAACGUGUCUUACCUUGUGUGCCCUGCAGAGGAGCUGCCAUUUGAAGAUGGCUCAGUGGACCUCCUUACUUCAUUUACAGCCGCUCACUGGUUUGAUAUUGAGAAGUUCAUGAAAGAAGCAAAUCGUGUUGUCAAGCCGCGUGGUUGUGUGGCUCUUAGCACCUACACCGUGGACAUGAGUCUGCGCUAUGGAAACUGCUCCGAAAAGCUGACGCAGAUCUUCAGAGAGACCAGGGACGUGAUUUUUAAGUACUCGCAUAGUAGAGUAAAGCAUGUCUUGGAAGACUACAAAGAGAUAUUUGAGGCCUUGCCAUUUCAAGACAAGAAGAGAAUCACUGACAUCUUUGAUAAAAUUCCUAUGACAGUUGCUGGUGUGGUUGGUUACUUUGAGUCUGUCUCUCCAUAUCAAGUUUACAUGAAGAAUGAGCCUGAAGCUGCAAAAACUCUCCUCCAAGAAACUGAAAAGAGGUUCCUGGACACGAUGGGAGUUUCCUCUCGGGAAACCCCGCUGGAGUUCUGGGUAAGGCACGUCUGCAUCCUAGGGUACAAGGGACCGUGAAAGGAAAACCCUUCACCUUCAGCUGGUUGAAGGAGAUAAUAGCCUGAUUGCAACCACUCAUAUUCCUUGGGAAAGAUUGGUGCUUUUUUUUUCUUUUUUGUGAUUAAAAUUUUAAUCUUCUGUGGAAAGUAGA